UUCCCGUCGGACUGUUUUGAUGAUCGUACCAGUGCUCCUUGAACUUGUCAGGGUCGAUUGUUUUCUCCCCUUUCUUCGCAUUCUGUAAAUAAAUUGAGUUUAGUAGUGAUGUCUAGUUUUCCGCAGUUCUUCGCAGAAAAGUGCGUCAGUUUGAAGAUGUUGCGUCUGUGCGCCGCCGCUCCGCUGUCCCCCUGCACCCCCCGUCACCCCACAACCAGGACCAGCGCCAGGACCAGGACCAGCACUAGAACCAGGAGCUACACGACCUCCGCCGGGACCAGGCCGGUCCGGAUCGGCUGUGCCUCCGGGUUCUGGGGGGACACGGCGACCUCAGUCCCUCAGCUGAUCUACAGUGGGACGCUGGACUUCCUGGUGUUUGACUACCUCAGUGAGAUCACCAUGUCUCUGCUCACCGCCUCCAAGACCAAGAUGCCGAACCAGGGUUACGCUCCAGACUUUGUCCAGGUCGCUCUGGCUCCGUUCAUCAACGACAUCCACAGGAAAGGUAUCCGUGUGGUGAGUAAUGCCGGAGGCGUCAACCCUCUGGCCUGCGCCGACGCCAUCCAGGAAGUGAUUAGAAAGGCCGGCCUCGACCUAAAGGUCGCCGUGGUGACCGGUGACGACCUCAUGCCUCAGAGGAGCGUCCUGUCUGAAGUAAAGAUGGACGACGGCAGCAGUCGUCCUCUCCCCGCGUCCCUCCACAGUAUGAACGCCUACCUCGGGGCUGAGCCCAUCCGUCGCUGUCUGGACCUGGGGGCGGACAUCGUGGUGACGGGACGCUGCGUGGACAGCGCCGUGGCCCUGGGGCCCCUCAUGCACUCAUUUGGAUGGAAGAGAAAUGACUACGACCUGCUAGCAGCUGGAAGUCUGGCAGGUCACCUGAUCGAGUGCGGAGCUCAGAGCACUGGAGGGAUCUUCACCGACUGGCACAAGGUCCCUGACUGGGACAACAUGGGGUUCCCGGUGGUCGAAUGCUCCAGCGACGGCUCCUUCGUUCUGUCCAAACCGCCCAAAACCGGCGGCCUGGUGUCCUUCGGCACGGUGGCCGAGCAGCUGGUGUACGAGAUCGGCGACCCUCGUCGAUACCUGCUGCCCGACGUCAUCUGCGACUUCAGCCGGGUGGUCAUCCAGGAAGUUCCAGGUGUAGAAGGAGGAGCUGUCAGAGUCACCGGGGCUAAAGGCUUCGCUCCGUCACACGACUACAAGGUUUGCGCCACCUACAUGGACGGUUUCAGGGCGACGGCAGUGUGUCCAGUCGGAGGCCCGAGAGCGUCGGAUAAGGCCAGAAGAACCGCCGACAGCAUCAUCAAACGGACGAGGCGGAUGUUUAAGCAGUUGGGACUCGACGAUUUCAACUCCGUCAACGUCCAGGUCCUCGGAGCCGAAGACACUUACGGCGCCAACGCUCGCAGCAAGGGCUCCAGGGAGGCGGUGAUCUGGAUGGCCGUCCACCACAAACAGAAGAAAGCCCUGGAGCUGUUCGCCAGAGAGGUCGCUCCAGCAGGGACCGGCAUGGCUCCAGGACUGACUGGCAUCGUGGGCGGACGGCCCAGAGUGUCCCCCGUCCUCAAGCCCUUGUUCUUCCUGCAGCCCAAGUCUCAGCUGAAGGUGGACGUUCAUGUUGGUGGAGAGCUGGUGGAGUCUCUUUCAGAGGCGGGACCAGACUCAUCUGAGCAGGACAAAGCCCCGCCCACCUCAGACGAGGAGGCUCCAGAUGCAGAUCUGCCCAGUGGACCACACAGCUACAGGCUGGAGGAGCUGGCCUACACCAGGAGUGGCGACAAAGGAGACUCGGCCAACAUCGGAGUGAUAGCUCGCCACCCCCUCUACUUCCCCUACCUGAAGAAGCACCUGACUUCUGCUAUGGUGGAGGAAUAUUUCUCCCACCUCAUCGCGCCAGGGCUGCGCAACGCCGUCAUACGAUACUCUCUGCCGGGGAUCCACGGCCUCAACUUCGUCCUGCAGAGCUCGCUGGGAGGAGGGGGCGUGGCCUCACUACGCAGCGACCCCCAGGGUAAAGCCUACGGUCAGAUGCUGCUGGACUUGAAGCUGACCGGACUUCCUGACCUCAAAUCGCUGGUGGACUGAGAGAGACGGGGAGGAGAGGGGAGGAGACCACCGGAGACGACUGGAGACGAAAGAGAAGCACUUCACAAGGAGGAAUGAAGAGAGAGUGUGAGACUUGAAAGACACUUUUACCUCAAUAGAAACACAAAGAGAAGAUUUCAACACAUCCGUUCACAUUCACGGGGCUUUAUUUACCCCUCACGACAAAGAUUAGACCACCAGUAAAAACCGGAAAAGAAAAAUAACACCUAGAUGUUAAGUUUGAAGGUGGACUCUUUACUUUUGAGACAACAAAUUACAAAUUUUGACAUUCUCAAACGUCCAAGAUAACCCAGAAAAUAAGUAGCUCCACGACCGUAAUCAACGCCUAAAUCAACCAUGGAGUGAAAUUUAUAAACGUCUGACUUAGUAACACUGUUAGUAUUAAAACCUGAAAAACUUUAAAUUCUCAGCUACAACUCGUCCGAAGCUGAUCGAACAGAAUCCGUUUUAAACCCAGGCGCCUUCUUAACCUUAGGCUGGCGACAGUAAUCUUCUAAUAGCGGAUAGAACACAGCUCCGUAACAUCUGGAAACACCUGUGGAGAUCAUUUCAUUCUCUGAGCCGGAGCGAUAGAUAUAGAAAAGAUAAAUCGGGGGUCCUGAAGAGUUCAGGAGUAAAUGGGAUCAGACAUCUGCUCAUGAAACUGCCGACAAGAUUUUAAGCAUUUGUCGGAUUUUGGUUUGUGCAACAAAAAAAAAACACAGAAACAACAUUCCGCGAUGUUUCUGCCAGAACCGCAGAUGUUGGCACCCAGUGUGCCCCCCCUUUACACUCCUGACUCCAGCUCCAUACCAGCUCCAGAGGAGUUUCCCCCGACCUCUGACCUCCCCAGGAACGAGGAGGUGUCGGUUCGGGUUUCCCCCUCGUGGCUUUGUGAGACUCUCGAGUCAGAUAUCAGAGGAGGCGUUCAAUCGCUGGCCUCGGGGUCCAAACGGGCACAACGCCCGGUCCUCCUCCUUCACCUCGACGCGACCCGGCUCCGAUGUUUGCCGCUAGGAAUGCACGUCUCCUUCCACAAAAAAACGACUCCCCGGCUUCCAGUCUGUUUAAUUAUAAUUGCAAACAGACUCUAAGCUGCACUCGGAGCCACUCAACGGCUUCCGUCGGCCGCUAAAACCUCAACAUACCCACCUCUUCUGAAUCACAGCCCCCAGUUCCCAGAUAGUCCUCACGCUGCAGUUUCCCCCAACUCUUUCCUGGCUCCGAGCCCUGACCUCUUUAUUUAACCCGAUUCAAGAUUUUCAUACCGAGCGGCUCUAAACGUCCAAAAUGUUUAGCAAGUGGUUCGUCCCAAACUCAGGAAAAGAAACACUUUAGACAGUCAGACUAAAACAAUAGAUAAACGGUGGUCGGCCUUAAACGGACAUUCAAAGACUUUGGUGCUCGUUAAAACCAUAAUAAACAACAGCAAGACAAAUCCUUCCAGAGAUGAAUUGGAAGCAGAGUUGCAUGGGUAUAAAUCAGAAGGGAAGUCACACGGGAAAAGCUCAAAUUUGGCAGCCUGCGUUUGGGAUUUUGAAGGACGACAAUGAAUUGGGCAGAUUAGCAAAGCGAGGUGUCAGAACCGAGGCUUUAAAUUAGUGUUUCCAAAAAACCCCAAAGCUGAAAGAAGACGCGAGACCCAUAAGUGUCGACACUUUGCAUGUUAAUGUGAAAAUAUGCUCGCAUCUUAAUGACGAAAACAACGUUUGGGAGAAAAACUUUGAAGUCACAUCUGUCCUGCAUAUUGCUUCCCAUGAAAAUAAUUGUCAUCUUCAUUUGGGGAAAGCCUUCAUCAUCACGGCUGAACAAACAUAUGGACGAUGUGAUAUUUACACAAAGUAUUUCAUGAAGGCCGUGAUCGUGCGGACAAGCAUUUCCUCAGAUUACUGCUAAUUUUAUUAGUCAUUUCAUAUACAAUGUGUCAUCAUAACUUUCCUUCCGCAAAAGUUGGGUCAAAAGUUAGUCCGACAAAAUGUCGCCACAUGUCCAAAACCAAAAUAUUCUGUUUGAAGUUAUAUCAAACAUCGUGUCUUCACAUUUGUGCAAACUGGAACAACUUCAAUUUCUGCUUAAAAAAUGACUAAAACAACAAUUUGUUUCUUGCAAUGGUCCGAGAAUUGAGCAUUGCGGAACAGCAAAAUCAGAUUUACACAGAUUAUUACAUAAAAGCCAUCUUUUUCUAACUAUUUUUCGGACAAAUCUGAGUCAAACUGUAAGAAAGUAUUCAUUGUACUAUAGUUGGGCAAAAGUAAAAUCAAAAUAUAGUUUUAAAGAACAAACCUGAAAGUCUUUUUCUACAUUUAACAGUUAAUUCAUCCAGUAGACGUUGAGAAAUUUCACUCUAAACUGAAAUGUUGCUGUGAAAGGGCAGAGGUUCAAUAAUAGAGCCCUGUGGAACUCCAGAAUGUUUUCUUCUCUUGUGUUCACAUUUAAAACAACAACUGAAAACAUGACAAAAGUAUUUAAUUUUUUUCAAAAAAGAACUAUUCAAGUUCUUAAGCAACCUCUCUACGAAGGUGCUUGGAUUAAUUUCAAAGUACUAAAGAUAAUUAAUACCAUGUGAAAGAUCUUUUACUAAUCCACUGAGAUUGGGCUUGGAAAUAAUAAAUACCUACAGAUUCUUUCUUUAAACUAAUCAAGUGUUUGGUCUGUAAAGUCCAAGAAUAGUAAAUUAAAAAAAAAUCAUGUCUUUUGCAUUUGAGAGGCUGAAACUAUACAAAAUGGUGCUUCAAAAAUUGCCAAAGUUCCAAGAAUUGAGCCUUGCGGAACGCCAGAAUCGAUGAACUCUGGUGAAACUCUGUGAUCUGUGGUUUGCAUCAUAAACAAAUAAAACAAACAAAACAAACAUUAUUGAGAACGACAGCGCCGGUCGUUCUCAAGAACGGAUGUGUUUCGGGCCACGGUUGCCUUUGCCAUUUUUAACUUUGUGAAACGCCAACACAUUAUUCCAAAUGCACUUUACGUCCUUCCUUCCGUUAAACUCAACAAAGCCUUACUGUGGAACCACUUGUGCUCUUUGUAUCACUGAUUUUACAUGAAUAGAGUAUUCAGAUCUUAUAAACUAAAAUUGUGAUCCGUAAAUCAACGCUCACCUCUGCCUUCAGUCCUUUUUUCAUGAUUGAAGUUUGAUUUUUCAGUUUUCUAAAUGCAUUAAAAAAAGUGAUUGUGUAGAUAACUAAACCUGAAGAGAUUAAAAAAUAUUUUUAUUACCAAA